AUGUGCCUCAUAAACGGCGAUUCUGGGGCCCGUUCUAUCCUGACCCUGUGCCUUGUCGAUGACAUGCAUGUUUACAGCAAAAUCUCUUCCUCACACUCACAUUCACUCGAGACGGAAGUUAACUCACCUACAAUCGCCUACUUCUCGUACCAGUUGGCUCAGGAUGAAAAUACUGGGCGACAGAUUUUGCCCAAUGUCAGCCAGACUAUACCCAUUUCAGUUGACAUUCUCGUCCAACUCACCUUCGCUCCAUCUCGACGCGUCCACCGGGACACUCUUUGUCUUGCCCAUCCACCUGGGGAGCAGGACAGACUCGGAGCAGCACAUAUGAAUGAGAAAAAAGAGCAUGAAUUUGCCAAAAUCGCUGGCCAACUCAACUGA